AUGUCUCAGAAGCACCCAUCUGUCAAAGAAAUCCCAUUUCCAGGCGCACCAGUCUCCAAGUUGAGCUCAAGACGAGAAGGACCAUUCCAUAAGGCAUCACGCACGCGCCUCUACGUCCUCGACUUUGGCAAAGCCUCCCUACGUUCGUUCGAACGACCCGAAGACGCGAUUCAGCAAUUGAUCACAGCGGUGACUUGCAACGAUCCAUACUUCCCCUAUCCGACUGUCACAAGCGAGGGAUGUAGGCAGCUCUGGGACGUUUUCAGAGCGACGUACCUGCAUUCGGCUCACACAGUCUCGAAGAACCUCCGACAGAGGUAUGGCAAGUGCGCGAGAACUUGGCCAAUAUGGUUCAUAAAUCAGUGGGAAAAGAAGGCGGAAGAGCUGUCACAAUGGGAGGAUGGCGACUUGAUUGGAUUCGGAGGAUGA